AUCUAGUCACAUGACAGUCACGUUCAUGUGACUCGUGAAAUCUAUAAAAAGCUUCGUUUCAAGCUUUCCUUGAAAUCGCACUGUCUAGUCUAGCUACAGAACUAGGCAUACAAUCGCCUGUAUUAAAAGAUGUUUCUCAGGUGUUCACUCCUGCUGCUCUGUCUGAGCCACUUGGCUUUCUCUAGAAACCUCCAACAACAGAACAAAAAUGUGCUAUAUUUUCAAGCUCAUGGUGUAAGAGAAGCUGUUCAUUUUUCAGUGAACUUACCAAAUGGUACAUGUCCCAAUAACACUGCUUACUUCUGUUCUGUGAACUACACUUGCUGUAAAACACCACAGCCAACAAAUCCAUAUGCCUGCUGUCCAUAUUUGGAGGGAGACUGUUGCCCUGAUGGUAUACAUUGUUGUCCUCGUGGUACAAGGUGCGACAUGGUCCGUAGAGGAUGUGUUUAUGCAUCUGACAAUGAAAAUGAGUCAACAUUUGUGGAAUGGGAUACAAUGUCUCCAGUCCAACUAUUAACUUCUGAAAAGACUCCAGAGAAUGUAAAAGUUGUGUGUCCAGGAGGUCAAUCUCAAUGCCCUGAUGGAACUACCUGUUGUAAAAUGCAGUCAGGAGACUAUGGGUGCUGCCCAUAUUCUAAGGCUGUGUGCUGCUCUGAUGGCCUCCACUGCUGUCCAGAAGGUUAUCGCUGUGAUGUUGCUGCUGGACAAUGCAAAAGAGGUUUUGAAGUUGUCCCUUGGCAAAUAAAACAAACUUCUGAGCCAAUAAACAGUGUCAAAUGUGAUGGCAGUUCCUCAUGUCCAGAUGGCAACACCUGCUGUAAAUUAGCCUCUGGUGAAUAUGGGUGCUGUCCUUUACCCAAGGCUGUAUGCUGCAGUGACCACACCCACUGCUGUCCCAAUGGCUACACAUGUGAUGUCUCAGCUGGAACAUGUAACAGGGGCAAUGAUGUUGUAGCAUGGCUCACUAAACAACCAGCCAAAACUGUUGGGGAAGUUAAAUGUGAUGGCAGUUCCUCAUGUCCAGAUGGCAACACCUGCUGUAAAUUAGCCUCUGGUGAAUACGGGUGCUGUCCUUUACCCAAGGCUGUAUGCUGCAGUGACCACACCCACUGCUGUCCCAAUGGCUACACAUGUGAUGUCUCAGCUGGAACAUGUAACAGGGGCAAUGAUGUUGUAGCAUGGCUCACUAAACAACCAGCCAAAACUGUUGGGGAAGUUAAAUGUGAUGGCAGUUCCUCAUGUCCAGAUGGCAACACCUGCUGUAAAUUAGCCUCUGGUGAAUACGGGUGCUGUCCUUUACCCAAGGCUGUAUGCUGCAGUGACCACACCCACUGCUGUCCCAAUGGCUACACAUGUGAUGUCUCAGCUGGAACAUGUAACAGGGGCAAUGAUGUUGUAGCAUGGCUCACUAAACAACCAGCCAAAACUGUUGGGGAAGUUAAAUGUGAUGGCAGUUCCUCAUGUCCAGAUGGCAACACCUGCUGUAAAUUAGCCUCUGGUGAAUACGGGUGCUGUCCUUUACCCAAGGCUGUAUGCUGCAGUGACCACACCCACUGCUGUCCCAAUGGCUACACAUGUGAUGUCUCAGCUGGAACAUGUAACAGGGGCAAUGAUGUUGUAGCAUGGCUCACUAAACAACCAGCCAAAACUGUUGGGGAAGUUAAAUGUGAUGAUAGUUCCUCAUGUCCAGAUGGCAACACCUGCUGUAAAUUAGCCUCUGGUGAAUACGGGUGCUGUCCUUUACCCAAGGCUGUAUGCUGCAGUGACCACACCCACUGCUGUCCCAAUGGCUACACAUGUGAUGUCUCAGCUGGAACAUGUAACAGGGGCAAUGAUGUUGUAGCAUGGCUCACUAAACAACCAGCCAAAACUGUUGGGGAAGUUAAAUGUGAUGAUAGUUCCUCAUGUCCAGAUGGCAACACCUGCUGUAAAUUAGCCUCUGGUGAAUACGGGUGCUGUCCUUUACCCAAGGCUGUAUGCUGCAGUGACCACACCCACUGCUGUCCCAAUGGCUACACAUGUGAUGUCUCAGCUGGAACAUGUAACAGGGGCAAUGAUGUUGUAGCAUGGCUCACUAAACAACCAGCCAAAACUGUUGGGGAAGUUAAAUGUGAUGAUAGUUCCUCAUGUCCAGAUGGCAACACCUGCUGUAAAUUAGCCUCUGGUGAAUACGGGUGCUGUCCUUUACCCAAGGCUGUAUGCUGCAAUGACCACACCCACUGCUGUCCCAAUGGCUACACAUGUGAUGUCUCAGCUGGAACAUGUAACAGGGGCAAUGAUGUUGUAGCAUGGCUCACUAAACAACCAGCCAAAACUGUUGGGGAAGUUAAAUGUGAUGAUAGUUCCUCAUGUCCAGAUGGCAACACCUGCUGUAAAUUAGCCUCUGGUGAAUACGGGUGCUGUCCUUUACCCAAGGCUGUAUGCUGCAGUGACCACACCCACUGCUGUCCCAAUGGCUACACAUGUGAUGUCUCAGCUGGAACAUGUAACAGGGGCAAUGAUGUUGUAGCAUGGCUCACUAAACAACCAGCCAAAACUGUUGGGGAAGUUAAAUGUGAUGAUAGUUCCUCAUGUCCAGAUGGCAACACCUGCUGUAAAUUAGCCUCUGGUGAAUACGGGUGCUGUCCUUUACCCAAGGCUGUAUGCUGCAGUGACCACACCCACUGCUGUCCCAAUGGCUACACAUGUGAUGUCUCAGCUGGAACAUGUAACAGGGGCAAUGAUGUUGUAGCAUGGCUCACUAAACAACCAGCCAAAACUGUUGGGGAAGUUAAAUGUGAUGAUAGUUCCUCAUGUCCAGAUGGCAACACCUGCUGUAAAUUAGCCUCUGGUGAAUACGGGUGCUGUCCUUUACCCAAGGCUGUAUGCUGCAGUGACCACACCCACUGCUGUCCCAAUGGCUACACAUGUGAUGUCUCAGCUGGAACAUGUAACAGGGGCAACGAAGUUAUUAGUUGGUUUGCUAAAAAGCUGGCUAAUUGAUUAAAAUGAUGAUAUUCAUAUUGCUUGUUUCAUUUUAGGAAUUUCAUUCGAAAUUGUAUAUUGAUAGAAACAAACUUUAGUGUUUAACAUUUAAAUAACUGAUUCUGCAUUUCACUAAUUGUAAAAUUUGUUUUUAUAAAAACAAAGCUAUUGCCCUGACAUAUUUUUUUUUUAAUAUUACUAUUACUUUUAAAUAUAUCUAUCCCAAAAUUAAAAUCCCUAAUUUUAAAUCUACAAUCAUAGAAGUAUUAACUUCAGGUUUUGAGUUCUAAAGCUCUUUUUGGUAAAUAUCUUUAUAUAUCAUACACAGCUAUUUUGUGGGUUAUCUAUUUUAAACCACAUUUAAAUAUUUUUUAAAUGCUAAAGAUAAAAAGAAACUGUUUACAUAGUUUGUUCAUGAGGUUUGUAGAAAAAAAUUACUUACUUAGUCUUUUGGGGUGUGUUUUAAAACAUUUUUAACAUUCCGUAAUAAAUGGUGUGAAUGUGUGCAAUAGACAUAGUAACAAACACUGCUGAAAUCAGCAUCAAAAUACACGGUGGUCGUGUAUGUUGAGUAGAUCGUAUGUAAUUAAGUAAAUGCAUGAUGGAUCAAUCAUGGAUUUACAUUCCUCAUAUUUUAACUAUGCAAUGUUGGUUUGAACAAUUUAUAACUUGUAUUCCAUCCAUAAAAUAAAGACGCUCUAAGUGUUUUGCUGCAGCAGUUGUUCAAUCAAAUUGGUAUUUUGUUUCUGUGUACACUUAUCAGGUAUUUCUGUAUGUCUACUCUACAAUACAGCUGGUAUUCAACAAUUUCAUGUAUAAUUUUGUAACCUGUUUAGUCAAUGAGCUUAUCUUAAAUGCAGUAUUUUUUUGACUGUGUUUAAUGUAUCAUGAGAUUCUAUUUCAUUUCAGAUAAUUAAAUUUACUAUUUUUAGAUAGUAAUGUAGGGUACUGUAGUUUAAUAAGCCAUGUUGUAAAUUUCUAUAAUUUGACAAUGUUAUUUCAGUACUUUGUACUUGUAGUAAGGUUUAAAAUUAUGAUUAUUGUGUAUAGGCCUACUAAUUACAUAAAAGUGUUUUACUAA